AAACCGCCUCGUACGCCUUGUACUAGAUCGACUACCAUGACAGGUACUGCGAGAGAGCCAGCAGACCUGGACCUGCCGUAUAAGUAGUAUACAUAUGGUCGCUCUACGUCAGGCAUGUGCUUUUAUUCUUCCGCUACCAUCACGGCCCGUGGCGACGACGGCAAUGGACAACAGAAUCACAAGUAGCAACAUGGUGGUACAGGUAAGAGCGUUGAUUGUGAUCUAAUAGUUUGGAACUCUUCUUCGGGGCUCUGACGGUGAGAAGCACAGUGCACAGAGACAGAAACCAUGAAUACACCUCUGUAUCUCCAAAAUGCUACCAAGGCAGCACCGGCGACGAAGAUACGAACAUCAAUUCUUGCGACAGCACUCGUCGAUGCUCUGGGAGGCCCAGCUGAAUUUCAGACUCGUUUUUCUUUCGAUGUCAUCGACUCCAUGAUCCCCAAUGCCAAUUUCUCUCUUCCUCCGGGCGUCUGGACGGAUGAUACAUCCAUGACCCUCUGUCUGGCACAGUCACUCGCCACUUACCGUCCUAACAUCUCAACACAACCUGGAGGAUUUGAUGAAUGUCACCAACUAGCAGCAUUCACGGACUGGUGGAAGCGAGGGGUGCUCUCCGCCACUGGCAUAUGCUUCGACAUCGGCAACACCAUUCGCCGGGCUCUCACUAUCUAUUCCAACAAUCCGACAAAGGAACCGCUGAGGCGCAUCCAUGAUCAGCUUAGCGGAGAGUUCUCCUGUGGGAAUGGCAGCCUCAUGCGCGUCAUUCCCAUAGGGUUGGCAUACUGGCGCGAUGAGACCCAAGCAAGGGGCUACGCGCGAAGAAGUAGUACUUCUACGCAUCCCAACGACCUUUGCAAGGAAGCUUGCGAAGUUUGGACGGGUGCUAUAUGCAAGAUCAUGGCAUCCACGACGACCUCAGAGGAUCCCGAUAUUGCGAAGCUUGACCUGCUGUCAUAUUUCACCACUUUUCCCUAUUCCCAUCCAAAGUUACGGGAGCUGCUUGCUCUUCCUUCGUUCGCACCCUCGCCUCCAUCGGCAGCGGAAGAACUGGAGAUUCACUAUCGGCAUUAUCAUCCUCUCAUGAAGCUCAUUUCAGAGUGUGAAUCCGAGGCCAAAGACUCCAAACUUCCGUUGUAUCUGCCUCAGCCCACGACACUCCCAUCCUCUGGUUACGUUGUCGACACCCUGGUCGCGGCUCUUUAUUGUUUCUUCUCCACCAAUACAUUCGAGCAAGGCGCUAUUGUUGCCGUGAACAUGGGCGACGAUGCUGAUACUAUCGGGGCGGUUUACGGCGGUCUGGCGGGAUGCUGGUAUGGAACUGAGCCGAGUAUGGUUUCCGAUACAUUUUGGAGCGCAAAGGUAGAGAAAUGGUAUGAAAGUCUGGUUGCAAAGGAUAUCAUUGCAGAUGUUUCCGAGGCACUGGUCACAUUCUCAAAGGGGUUAGCGAAGUGAUGAAACACGAUGUCAAUUACGAGGAAUGAUUCUUUGAAUUUGGUAUAAGAAGCCUGAUAAUCUGGACCAACAAAAUUCAGAGGUGCAAACGGGACUCUUGGCUCACUCAGAGGUGCCCUUACUGGCAAUUUAAAUGUAUUGGAACCGCAGUAAUCACAAUCUUUCACUGGUUAGCUAUGACGCCGUAGCAAGCCGCUGUGUACAAAUAUUUUUCAUGCUUAGUAUACUAGUCAAAUCACAAAUC